AUGUUUGCCGCAAAGAGAGGGUUCCAUAGCACAGUUAACGCUGCUGCAAGAACGAGAUUUACGAAACCAAAGCCCAAACCUCCAAAGAGAGAAAACGUUAGACCACCUACCCAGAAAACACACCAUGACGCAGAUUUGAAAGUGACAGCUCCAAUUCCUCCAGCUGCUGCGAAUUUGAAGUGCCCAGAUGACCAUCCAUUAUGGCAAUUUUUCUCCGACAAGAAGUUUUUAAGAACACCAGAUGAGUUGGACACACUAUCUAGAUCAUGGAGUAUUCCAGAGUUGAGAAGAAAAUCUUUCAACGAUCUACACUCUCUAUGGUAUGCAUGUUUGAAGGAACAGAACAUUUUGAUGCGUGAGAUUCACUUGGUGAGAUUUCAGUUCGAUGGACAGACCGAGGGUUACGAUGAACUAAACGAGAAGAUCAGAACCACUAUGUGGAGGAUAAGACACGUUCUCAGUGAAAGAGACUGGGCAUUUAGGAAUGCCUCCAAGGAGUUUGAAAGCGAAAAGGAAGCUUUCGUUCAGAAGUUUGAGAAGGAGUUCUUGGAAGCUCCAGCCAAUGAAGACGAAGAAGCAUUUGAAUCGUUGCAACGUUUCCAACUUGCCGUAUAUGGUAUAUCUGAAUACAUUGAUGAAAACAAGGUGGAUAGAACAUUCGUCGAUGGGCUAAAGGCCAUUGCUACGUUGAAACUAAAGAAAUUCUCCCCAAGAAACGAGGAGAUAAAACUAUUCCUCGAAGAGUCCAACAACGAAAUAGUAGAUGCGGGCGAAUCUUUCCUCUUGUACACGUCUGAUAAUACAUUAGAAGGUGUGCUAGAGGCAUGCAAAGCGGUUAGAGAAUUGAGAGAAAGUGGAUCUUCUGUUUCCAGAUACGAUGAGAUCGAAACUGUCGCAGAGUACGUGAACAAGUUGGCACAAGCUCAGUUAGCUAAGGCUGCUGAAGCUGAAGUAAAACUACAGGAAGAAGAUGCCAAGACUAACGCUAACGUACUAUGA